AAUGGACAUUAGAAUUUUGUAAAUGAACAUUUCAGAAAGAAAUGCAAAACGAACAAUUCACAAAGUUAUACAAAUUUGUGUCAUAUAUAUAUUUCAGAAAUUUGGGAAAAGAGAACAAAACAACUACUACUUUGUCCCCUUAGAAUUAGAACAAAAAUCUUUGUCCCUAUAGUAUAAACAAUAAUGCUAAUCCCGUUUUGUCCUUUCUAUUAAUUUUGAAAUACAUAUAUUGAGUUAUGUAAUUUACUGAGAAAGUAAAUAAAAAGUUAAAAAAAAUACAGAGUAAAAAAUCAGAACAUGUCGUCGACUCCGGUUUUCCUUUCUCUCUAACAAAGAGGUGGCGAUUAAGUUUCGUUAUCGAAACCAUCUUCUCCGGCCGUCUUAGUUCGUCGGAGACCUUGAACUCAUCGUCACAUCUCUCCUUCAUCCUCCUUCUUUCUUCUCUCCUCUCUAAACACGACAGAGUAGGAUUACUUUGCAAUCUCCGCCGGCUACAAUUGAAGUUGUUCAAGCUCGGGAAAAGCUUCUUGUCGCUGAUAAAUAACGAUUAGCUUCACGUUGUUCUUCUCUUCCUCUUACUUCAUCUCGGUUCCAAAAUCGUUGAGAUUUAAGCUCUUCUACGGACGAAGAGAUUGACGUUGUUCGAAUUUCAUCUCGGUUUCUCUUUCCCUAAAAUUGAAGGAAUGGCGUACGAGUUUCCACAACGCAUACUUGAAGAAGGAAUUGAGACGCAAAUUGACAAGAUCAACAAUACGUGUAGACGUACAAUUCUGGAGGAAGUGAAGGGUGUUCUCAACACUGAGUAUGAGGAAGUUUUGAAAGAUCCUGUCUUCGGUCCGCUUCUGGCAAUCAUAGAGAACAAGCUCAUCUACUCAGGGAAGAUCAUUCAUAGCUUCAUAUGCAAGCAACUCAAGGUUUCGAAGCUUCACGAGCUGUGGUUUCUAUUUGCUAAGAGGCCUCUUAGGUUCUCUGCGCAAGAAUUUCAUGCUGUGACAGGAUUGAAGUUCAAAGAUGAACCUGACAUAAACUUCAAUGAUUGGAAGGAUGAUAAGGGGUUCUGGAGCAAUGUGCUGAGGAAAAAUAGAAAGGUCAACUUAUCGAUGAUAAAGACGAAGCUUCUUAACGAAUGCAACAAGUGGACGUAUGUGGACAGGGUUAGGCUAGUGUAUCUGUGCGUCAUUCAUGGAUUCCUCAUAGCUAAGGAUUCAAGAGUGUUUAUCCCACAUGAAUACAUCCGUUUGGUGAUGGAUUUUGAGAAGAUGAGGAUGUAUCCAUGGGGUCUUCACGCAUAUGACGAGCUGCUUGCAUCAAUACUCAAAGCAAGGAAAGAUUUACAUCUGAAGAACAGUUACGUGUUGGAUGGAUUCUCCUAUGCGUUUCAGAUAUGGGUUAUGGAGGCAAUCCCAGACAUUGGUAGUAUGGUGGGUAAGAAGAUCAAAAAGAACAUGACCAAAGUGAGAUGUAGGAAUUGGAAAGGAAGUGGGAAAGUUUCCUACGCAGAUAUCAGCAGCCUAGAGUCCCACUUUAAUAAGGGAGAACUGUUCCCAUUUAUAUCUGCUACUGGGAACAAUGAUGUGGUUGAUAGCACUGAGUUCUAUAGGGAAGAUGAGAAGAUAGAUGAAAGAAUUGGUCGCAUUGUUACUCUUCUCAAUGCCAAACAAGAUUGGACAGAUUUCGUAUGGGAAGUCGAGGCUUUGCCUCCAACUUUAGAGCUUUCUGAUUCAGAGACUGAUGGAGAGAAUGUUGAAGUCGAAGAUGUCACAGAUACUCAUGUUGACGAACCGGCUGUUGUUGCAAGAAGGGGAAAGCGUAAGCUAAAUGAUCCUGGUGCGGAGGCUCGAAAGAAAGAACUGCUUUGUCAACGGGCAGCUGAACAUAACAGUGGUAUCUCCAGUGGAAUGAAGACUUUCAUUGAAGGUUUGUUCACCUCUGCUUUCAACUCUUUCAAGGACGUGGUGCAGAAUGACAUCCAAGAGCGUUUUGAGAAGGUCCAAAAAGAGAUGGCAGUGUGGCUGCAAAAUCAAGAAAUUGAUGCUGUGCUCUUCUUAUUUCGCGAGAGGACUUCUUUGAGACGAUGGAACCCGUCCAAAGUAGCUUUCAUGAGCUGCAUAUUCAGUAAUCAAAUGAAGAAUUCUUACACUGAGUUCAAGAAAGACAAAAAAAAAUUCAGGGUAGAAGGACUGCUCCAUCAGUACGGAAUUGGUGAACUUCCUUCACACGGCCGAACAAGACUAAUGUGGGAUCUUGAUGUCAAUCGUAUGUAUGUGCCUCUUCUUGUGCACGGUAACCACUGGAUCUCUAUGUGUGUCAACUUUGUUACUCGUUCCAUAGAAGUUUUUGACUGUGCGGGACUGAAACACAACAAGGACUUGGAGCCAUUUGCACAUCUCAUCCCAAGAAUUGUCAAAGCCGUGCAGUCUUCAGAGAAGAGGGGAUUAACCGUUAAGCCCUAUGAUGUCACUUACGCUCCAAUGCCCUGCUUCCUAAAUAAGACUAGCAGCGAUUGUGGAGUAUAUGCGUUGAAGCACAUUGAAGCACAUCUUCUAGGCAUGGACUUAACAUGCUGGUGUGGGAAAGGGAUUGUCACUUAUGUUUCAAAAACGGAGGAGAACCCAUACAGAAGAUUCUUCCGAUGUGAGAUUGGUCUGAAGAGAAAGAAAGAGCAACAUCUUUUCAAGUGGGUGGACGAGGCUCUGCUUGAUGAGAUACAAAUGAUGCAUGAGCAACAGUCGAGAAUGGCCAAAGAAAUUGAAGAUUUGAGACGUUCCUUGAAAAUGACAGUAGAGGAAGCAGUUAUCGAGCACAAGAAGUCGGGAGAUGUAGGACUUAUUGGAUCCAUUCUCACUUUUUUAUGUCUUUGUUCUAAAUUUGAUUGAUCUUUUAAUUGUUUUCUGAAUCUAUUUACUUUGUGAAAGAUUGAAUCAAUUUGAUAUUCUGUGUUGUCAAUUUA